CUCUAGUGCUCUAGUGUAGGCAGUAGUCUGCUCACUCCGGCCGCCUAGUAUUAGUAUGAGGAAGAUGCUCUCUCUGAUAUCCAGCGCUCUGAGGCUCAGCGCCGGCAGGACUGGAGCCGAACUGGUUAAUGAGGGCAGUAGAGUUGUGGUGUCUGCGAGAACAUAUGCAGACUUCACCCCUCAGGCCAGCUUCGACAUAAAGAAAUGUGACCUGCAUAAGCUGGAGGAAGGACCCCCGGUGCAGGCGGUCCUGACGCGAGAGGAGGGGCUUCAGUACUACCGCACCAUGCAGACCAUGAGGCGCAUGGAGCUGAAGGCAGAUCAGCUCUACAAACAGAAGAUCAUCAGAGGAUUCUGUCACCUGUAUGACGGACAGGAAGCGUGUGCAGUGGGUAUUGAGUCUGGGAUCAAUCGGACUGAUCACCUGAUCACGGCGUACAGAGCGCACGGAUACACUCUGACCAGAGGGGGCACCGUCCGCGAGAUCAUGGCUGAGCUCACAGGCCGUCGUGGUGGCAUCGCUAAAGGAAAGGGAGGCUCUAUGCACAUGUACGCCAAAAACUUCUACGGAGGAAACGGGAUCGUUGGAGCUCAGGUGCCUCUUGGAGCAGGUGUAGCACUUGCCUGCAAGUACCAGGGCAAAAACGAGCUGUGCGUCUGUCUCUAUGGUGACGGAGCAGCCAAUCAGGGUCAGAUAUUUGAGACCUAUAACAUGGCGUCUCUGUGGAAGCUGCCCUGUAUCUUCAUCUGUGAGAAUAACAGGUACGGGAUGGGCACGUCUGUGGAGAGAGCAGCCGCCAGCACUGACUACUAUAAACGUGGAGACUUUAUACCAGGACUGAGGGUGGACGGGAUGGACGUCCUGUGUGUGAGAGAAGCCACCAAAUUUGCCGCAGAUCACUGCAGGUCUGGAAAGGGCCCGAUUCUCAUGGAGCUCCAGACUUACCGUUACCAUGGACACAGCAUGAGUGACCCUGGCAUCAGUUACCGCACGCGUGAGGAGAUCCAGGAGGUGCGCAGUAAGAGUGACCCCAUCUCCAUGCUGAAGGACCGCAUGCUCAACAACAACAUGGCCAGCGUGGAGGAGCUGAAGGAGAUCGACGUCGAGGUGAGAAAGGAGAUCGAAGAUGCAGCUCAGUUUGCCACCACCGACCCUGAACCCCCUCUGGAGGAUCUGUGCAACCACAUCUUCUACAACGAGCCUCCCAUGGAGGUGCGGGGCACGAAUCCCUGGGCUAAACUGAAGUCCGUCAGCUAAAGACCUAAAAAUAUACCUCCUACAGACACCCCUUCUACCCCCCCUGACCCCCAGAACACCCCCAUAGACUUUCUCUUAACCCCCCAAACCCACCAACUAACCUCUCCUUCAGAGAGAUACUUCAUGCAAAGAUGCUAAUAAAUAACAGAAAAAAUACCACAUUACUGUUUAUUGGGAUUUAAAUUGGACAAUAUAUUAAAACAUUUGGAGAACCCUUUAUCUGACAGGGUCAGUGAUUAUUUGGUUUACCUUUGUUGGAUCUAUAGAACCACAGAAGCUCAUGUGGAACAUCUGUGAUUGGCUGGAGGCUCAUUUGCAUAUUGCAGCCUUCAGGUAAAGCAUUGCACCAUCGAUUAGCAGACAGUACACUAUGCAGCGCUGCUAAUAAUGAUACUACACCUUAAAAAGAUGGUUCUUCAAGGGUUCUUUAGUAAAGAAAAUGGUUCUACAUAGAUCUAUGAACACUCAAAGAACCCUUGAGUGAUUAAAGGGAUCCUUUGCAUGGUGAAAUAGUUCAGUUUAUUGGGGAAUGCGCUGUAGAUGGUUCUAUAUAGCACCAGAAAGGGUUCUUCUAUUUUUACGAUGUGAUGCUUGUUACAAUAGAGGAACCCAUUCUGGUCCUAGAUACACCCAUUUUCAAAAAGGUUCUAUAUAGAACCAUCUACAGCAUGUCUCUAUCCAUCUAAAGAACACUUUCACCAUGCAAAGAACCCUUUAAUCAUGCAGAGGGUUCUUUGAGUGUUCAUGGCUCUAUAUAGAACCAUUUUCUUUGCUAAAGAACCUCUGAAGAACCAUCUUUUUUAAGUGUGUAGCAGUUAGCAUGCUAACUGAUUCCUUUCAUUCAAAUUCAGCCACGUUAGCAUUUUUGUAGUGAAGUAUUUCCUUCACCACAGCCGUGCCGCUCGGCCCACGUUGGUGGCCGAAGGGUCAAAUAAAGACUUUAGUCUCCAAAAACUGCCCUUUGAUCUCCUCAGCGGAACGUCUCCCCGUUUAAACAUGUUCCUCAUGCCUUUUCACCAAGUGUGCUUCAUGACCCGCCUUCAGUUCUGUCUCUCCUCACCUUCUUAUUGUGAUGUGUACAAUCGGCCGACGAGGCUCCGCCCACCAACGUUUUCCUUCGUAGCUACUGUUUGCGAGAUUAGCGUGGUUAUGAGCCGUUAGCAUGGUGGCUAAUUCAUCGUUGCCUGGUUGUUGUUGAGCUACGACACCAGAACAGUCCAACUCAUGAACAGUGUAGCUGCCCAAGAGUGCGUUUACAUGCACUUAAUAAUCCAAUAACUGCAGAAAAUCUGAUUUUUUCAGUAAUCUGAUUAACACCGUUACAUGUACUUGAGUAAUCAGACAAUGGGGAAACUCCAGGUCUACAUCAAUCAGACAGUAAUCAGAUUUCUGCUUUACAACAAGCCAAUAAACUCACAGAAGAAGACGCGACGUAAACGUUUUUUUUUUAAACAUCGAGCUGCUUUACCUGAAAAUAUGAACAUAAAUCAUCUAGAAGACGAAGAAUAUUUAAAUCCUUCAUUUCGUCGAGGGUAUUUGGUUUCAGUGUCGCUCCAAAAGAGUUUUGCUGCGUCCCGCGGCGAUGCUGCUCGCUUAUUUCCGGUACCGCCGUCUGUUUUCCUACAUGCUCAGGCUGAGAAAUCCGAAAGAAAUCAGAGUAACAGGUUACAGCACUGAGAAAUCUGAUUACUGAGCUAAAAUGCAGCCUCUUUAUCAGAUAUCUCAAUCGGAUUUCUAGAUCAGAGUAUGGUGUUUACAUGACCAUUUGAAUAAUCUGAUGACUGCAGAUAUCUGAUUAUGACCGGAUUAUUGAGUGCAUGUAAACACACUCAGUAUUCUGAUGCUACGCUAACGAGCUAAUUGAAGCUAUGCUCAUUGGAAAAAGUUAGCCGCCAUGCUAACGUUAGCUUCAUUACGCAGCAGACAAAAACGCCUUUCACAACCGCACAAAAUAAACGAAUAAUUCACUGUGAAUUUAGAUAUUUUAACAAUAACCUAGCGACAGUAGCUAUGCAAAAACACAUUUGUGGGCGGGGCCUGGAGAGUUGUUUUGUUUUGCAUGUUGUCUCUAUUAAAUAAGAGCCUAAAAGGGUUUUGAACCCAGUAAUAUUCAUUUACCCCGUCGUCACGGUCUCUCGUUAAAAGAGUCGAACGACAGCAGAUACUGUUUUUGAUCAAUUUGAUUGAACCUUAGUUCUGAAACUCUCUCCGGGUGUGAAUAGCGAUGUACCAGUAGGUAAUAAUGUAUCUGCUAUUGGAAGUAUGAUGGAGUGAUUGAUUAUUUAUAUGAAUAUUUAAAAAGGGAUUUCAUUUAAAUCUGAUACAUUGCCAACAAACUUGUUGCCUAUUAGACUGAAUAAGUUACUGGGUGCAUUUCUAUAGAUUUAAACACUAGGCUGGGUGGGAAUUUUCUUUUUCAAGCGCACAGAACUCUGGGAAAUGUAGUUUUGGUACAGUUAAUCUGUGUAUGCCCUGUUUCUCUCUCUCUCUCUCUCUCUCUCUUUUUCAUAACUUUUUGUUUUUUAAGUGCUUUUAUCUCAGAAAACUGAAUGAAUUUUGCCAAAUCUGCAGUAAAGCUGUCGACUCUGUCUUUGGAGGAGGAUGUUGGAGUGGAAAUUUAAAACAUGCUGGCAGUGAAUGGGGUACAGGGGUCAAAAGGUCAUGACCAGCAUGUUGACCAGGUGGUCUUUAUACAGUACAAUUAAAAUGAUAAAAAUACAGCCAUGUG